AUGCCCGCCGAAGGUGUCGCCGCCGUGCUCCCGCCCCAGCAGGGAGCGCCCGGCCAGCGCCAACAGCAGCAGCAAGGUGGUGGCUUCAACUUCCAACGCCUGCUUCUCGGCGCUGGCUUCUACCUCGCCGUCAAUGCCGGCCUCAGCUGGUACAUGCAAAAGGACCAGCGCGGCGUCAGCGUCGAGGAUCCCACCACGGGCCAGCAGAUCCGCGUCACCACCAACACCGGCGACAUCCCUGCCUUCCAGCUGCGGCCCAAGGAGCUCGACGAGGGUGCCGAGCGCGCCACCCUCCCCAAGAUGGUCGCGCCCAUCUGGCCCCAGGACAGCCACGUCGACAUUGUCAUCACCGUCUCGCCCUCGUCCAACCCGGCCCCGAUCGAACAGACGCGCCCCGAGUAUGUCGUGCUCAACGAGAAGCGCUUCCACAUGGGCAACAGCUCCGACAAGCGCCACGUCGACGGCAAGUUCACCGUGCCCCCCGAGGUCCAGCACAACGGCACCCUCUGGGGCCACUUCUUCGUCGGCCUCGCCGGCAGCACCCUCGACCCGCGCGACCCGAGCUGGUCCAGCGACACAGCCUACCACAUGGCCUACCCGCUGACCCAGUACCUGCCCAAGAAGAGGGUGGCUAAGACGAGAAACCUGCUCGGCUCGCGCAGCGAGGAGGAAGAGGAGGAGCCUGAGAUUGUUGAGCCCAAGACGCCCAUCAUCACGAACCACUACCACCCCAACGCUAGUCUGUCGUUUAUUCCUGGUGUCGGCGUCAAGGAACUACAGACCAUGCCUCCUCCGAUGCAGCACUUUAUCCGCCUCGAGCGCUCCGGCGCCCGUGACGGCACUGGCCAGAACGGCUGGUACUACCCGCUGCUGUUUGUCAACACGUUCUGGCAGCUCACCAAGGACAUGAUUCCUCUCAACGAGACGGUCACCGAGCUGCCGAUCCGCAUUGACCUCAACAACAUGGCUGCCUGGCAGUUCCAGAUCAUGGCCAACAUUGAGAUGAACUCCAAGGAAAACGCGCGCCAGGCCGCCUUUGGCAAUCCCGUCCCCGGCACCGGCGACGGCUCCGAGAUUGAAAUGGUCAAGGAGAUUCUUCUCGACAACAACCCCAUCCUGCUCGCCAUUACCGCCUUUGCCACCGUCGCCCAUCUUAUCCUCGAGACGCUGGCGUUUGGCUCCGACAUUGCGCACUACCGCAAGAAGAAGGACAAUGUCGGCAUCUCUGUGCGCUCCAUUCUGGCCAACGUCUUCAUGCAGGCCGUCAUCUUCCUGUACCUGCUCGACAACUCGCAAAACACGAGCUGGAUGAUUCUCGGCUCCCAGGUUGUCGGCAUCGUCAUCGAGUUUUGGAAGAUUACCACCGUUGUCGACGUCCGCUGGCGCGCUACACCUCCCGGCUCCUACAUCCCGUACUGGUUCGUCUUUGAGGACAAGCACAAGCUCACCGAGACGGAGGAAAAGACCAAGGAGUACGACGAGAUAGCCUUCAAGUACAUGUACAUUGUGGCCGUGCCCCUGCUGAUCGCCUACGGCAUCUACUCGCUCUGGUACGACACGCACAAGUCGUGGUACUCGUUUGUCAUUGCCACGCUCGUCGGCUCCGUCUACACGUACGGCUUCCUCAUGAUGGUGCCCUCGCUGUACAUCAACUACCGCCUCAAGAGCGUCGCCCACAUGCCCGCCAAGGCCAUGAUGUACAAGUUCCUCAACACCUUCAUCGACGACCUCUUUGCGUUCACCAUCAAGAUGCCGCUCCUGCACCGCCUCGCCACGUUCCGCGACGACAUCAUCUUCUUCGUCUACCUGUACCAGAUGUGGUCCUACAAGACCGACUACUCCCGCGUCAACGAGUUUGGCCAGGGCGGCGGCGACGAGGACGAGGAGCCGCCCAAGCUGGUCGAGGACAAGGGCAAGAAGGAGGAGGUCAACAUGGACGCCAAGCGCAAGGCCGUCAAGGAGAUUUUGGAAGAUAGGGCCAAGGCCAAGGCCAGCGGCGCUGACACGGGCGCUGCGACGAAGAGGAAGUGA